AUGAAGACGGAGAGCGUGGUGCAGACUGCGCCGUUCAGCGGGAGGAAGCAGAGUCUGAUCGAGGAUGCUCGCAGGGGGCGCAGCAGCGGCUCCUCGUGCUCCCCGGGGCCCUCCAGGUACGGAGACAGCUUUGUGUUUGAGGAGAAGGACGGAAGAGUAACUCUGAACGUCCUGUUCGCCCUCAGCAAUGAGAAAAAUGCAGGAUUCUUCAAAACGGGGAAAAUAUUUGAGACGUUUGAAGCUAAACUUCUCCACAUUGAGAGUCGACCAGGGAGGAAAUCAAAGAACAGCACGACAGACCUGGAAUUCUUCAUGAAGUGUGAAGUUCACAGCUCUGACCUCGACGUUUUCAUCAACUCGCUGAAGAGAGUGGUCGACGACGUUCGCUCCAUCCCAGAGGAAAAAGUUCCCUGGUUUCCCCGACAGAUAAAAGACCUUGACAGAUGCAACCUGUUAAUAACCAAAUUUGAUCCGGACAUGGACCAGGACCAUCCGGGCUACAGCGACCCAGAAUACAGAAAAAGACGUGCUUUUAUUUCUGAGCUUGCCUUCAGAUACAAACAGGGAGACCCGUUGCCCACUGUGGAGUAUACAGCAGAAGAGAUAUCCACAUGGAGGGAGGUUUACCAGCAGCUGCGGAGUAUUUACCCCAGUCUGGCCUGUCGGCAGUUCCUGGAUGGUCUGCAGCAGCUGGAGAGAGAGUGUGGCUAUGGAGACGACCGCAUCCCUCAGCUCAGAGAGAUUUCUGCCUUCCUCAAAGAGAAAACAGGCUUCCAGCUGCGUCCAGUAGCCGGCCUGCUGUCAGCCAGAGAUUUCCUCGCCAGUUUGGCCUUCAGGGUGUUUCAGUGCACACAGUACAUCCGUCACCCCUCUGCGCCAAUGCACUCCCCUGAGCCAGACUGCUGUCAUGAAUUACUCGGCCAUAUUCCCAUGCUGACAGACAAAGAAUUUGCCCAGUUUUCCCAGGAGAUUGGACUUGCCUCGCUUGGAGCAUCAGAUGAAGACAUUGAGAAACUGUCAACGUUAUACUGGUUUACCGUAGAGUUUGGCCUCUGCAAGCAGAAUGGGACAGUGAAAGCUUACGGCGCUGGUCUCCUCUCAUCCUACGGAGAGCUCAUCUACGCCCUGUCUAAUGAGCCGGAGUACAAAUCGUUCAACCCAGAGGAGACAGCAGUCCAGCCGUACCAGGACCAAACCUACCAGCCUGUUUACUUUGUGUCUGAAAGCUUUGAGGACGCAAAGAUUAAGCUGAGGAGAUACUCUGCAACCAUCAAACGUUCUUUUGCGGUACGCUACGACCCUUUUACCUCCAGCAUGGAGGUUCUGGAUCAGCCCAGUAAGAUCCAAAACGCCCUGAGCCAAAUGAGAGAGGACCUAAAGACCCUGCACAGCGCCUUGGAGAAGCUCAGCUCAUCUUAA